GGCUAUGCCUGCCUGUGCCGUUGUGGGCUGCGGAAAUCGUAGCGGUGGAGGCAUCUCCCUUCACAGACUCCCCGCAGAGGCAAAACGACGCGCCGCUUGGGUGAGAGCACUGAGGAGGGUUACUCUGCCCGAUACCUGCGCGGUCUGCUCUGCUCAUUUUGUACAUCCAGACGACUUUAUUGCGGACGUGCCCUCGGCUAAUACUCCGCCAACGCUACAUCUGAAGCCAACCGCUGUCCCGUCCCUGAGACUUUGGCCACACCAUCCGCCUCCGCCGAAGCGACGGAAGUCUACUUACCAACAAAAAAGGGAACCAAAUAAGAUAUCACCUCAAGCAGACACGGGACCGUCAAUUCCGCAACAUCAAGUUCAGCCUCCUGUAGCCUCUGCAACUGCCACAGCCACGGAAUACCCAACUUCUGAGUUGGAUGGCCAUGAUAGCAUUACCAAGACGGCAUAUGCAGUGGACAGUGGCAAGACAUUUGCCGCGAGUCCUGCACAUGCAGAGCCAAGCUCAACACAACAAGUGCAUGCUACUGCAGUGACAGCGACUCAUGGUCCGGCUCCAGAGUUGGCUGAUUAUGAUGAUGCUGCAAAGAUGGUGUGUGAAGAGGACAUGGAGGUGGGCAUUACGGGAGCUGAGGCAGGGAAGAAGAGGGUGGACUGGGGGGAAACAGUCACUGGAAUCAGCACUCUCCAACCAUCUACUCCCGUCAAAGUGGCACCUGGUAUCCAAGUUUCUAGCACAGAGACAAUAAUAUCAAACUCAUCAGACUACGUGCCAGACACUGAUAGUUCAGCCUCCCACAGUGAAUCCGACAGCUUGCCUCCAGCCAGUGACACAUCACCUGAAGACAUGUACUUUGUCUGUGAGUCAUCCCUCUUUAUGCUAAUGAAGUACUGCCCCAAGUGCGGAGGGAAAGUUAUCUGUCGAACCAAAACCUUAGUUGGUCCUAUGCUAGUGGUGAAGAUGAUAUGUGAGCAGGACUGUGACGUCAUUUGGCGGUCCCACACCACCACGGGGAAGGCUCAGCAGCAGUCACUGUGUUCUAUUCUGCUCGUAGCAGCCAUCCUUCUGUGCGGCGGCACCUACAGUAAAUUCAGCAAGUUUGCUGAAUUUUUCCACUUGCAAUUCAUGUCAAGACGAACCUUCUUUUCAAUACAACAGAAGUUUGUAUUUCCAGUUAUCCAAGCGGCAUGGCUUGCAGAGCGUACGCGUGUUCAUUCACUUUUGUUAGGCAGACAACUCACUCUAGCUGGAGAUGGCAGGUGUGACAGCCCUGGCUAUUCCGCACGAUUCGGGACAUACACUUUCAUGGAUGUUGCAUCCGACCUAAUUGUUGAUUACCAUCUGGCGAUGUCCACGGACACAACCAGCUCAGUGGCAAUGGAGAAGAUGGGAUUCGUUGUCACACUUGACCGUUGUUUGGAGCAAGGGUUGAAGAUUGCCACUGUUGUCACUGACCGGAGCCCCAGCAUAAAGAAGGAGAUGCGAGGACGCCACUCCAUCAAGCAUCAGUUUGAUGUAUGGCACUAUGCCAAGAGUGUCGCCUCCAAGAUCAGGGCAGGAUGCAGGAGGAAAGACCAGCAGGCCUUGCUCGAGUGGUUACCGGCCAUCAAUAACCACUUGUGGUACUGCGCCCGGUCGUGCGGAGGCAAUGCUGUGCUGCUGCGUGAAAAGUGGAACUCAGUCCUCUACCACAUCGUCAACCGACAUAGCUGGACUGAGGGUACACUCUUCACGCAGUGUGCACAUCCUCCGCUUUCCACUGAUGAGCAGCGACAGAAAAAGUGGCUGACACCCGGGUCUCCAGCCUACAAGGUUCUGGAAUCAGUUGUUCAAGACAAGAGACUGCUGGCAGAUUUGAUGCAUUUGUCAGAUUUCCAGCACACUGGAAACUUAGAGGUGUACCAUAGCAUGAUGACGAAGUACAUGCCGAAGCGAAUUCAAUUCAGUAGAGAGGGAAUGGAGGCCCGCACCCAGCUUGCUGCUCUUGACCAUAACUUCAAUGCUGGCAGAGAACAGGCAACAUCAAAAGGUCAGCCACAGUACAAGGUCCAGUUUUCUCGAGUGAAGGGUGAUUUCGUGGCCAAAAAAAUCUACAGUGAAAAGAAAUACGGAUGCAUGCACAGCAUGAUGCAGCAGGUCAGUGAUGUGGCCACGAAGAGGCUGACAGUGCCACCCAUCCAGAAGUGUAAGCCUGUCAACGUGUCGCGACGCGGGGCUCCAGUCAAGGCAGCAGUGGUCGCCAAUCUGCAAACGAGAUUGGCAAUGGCAGCAACAGCAGAAGCAUCACCAUCAGUUGCACCAGAGGAGGAAGAGGAACAAGAGUAUGAAGUAACGUUAGAGGAUGAUGCAGGGUAUGUGCAGGAGGAAGACCAGGACAGCGAAGAUGAAGGACAACAGCAGUGCGUUGUUCAAUGCGAUGUUCCCACCCAAAUAUGAACACACGGCAACACAGCUCUAUUUUUAUUUCCGCUUCAAACCUGUAGUUGUUUGAGCUGCUCUCAUGAUAAAUUAUUUGUUUUUUAAAGCCGUUUGUGCCCGCGAUCAUUCGCUUGUACAACUGCGCCGGGCUGUAUGUGCUGUGACUAUGAGUAUGAGUCAUGCUCGCACUAUGAUACCUUUUGUGUCACGUGUACGUAUAUGUGAUGGUGCGAGCAUGCUGUGCCUUUGCUGGCCUUUUUCCCUUCUUUUCGUUUUAGUUGUGGUGGAAGUGUUUUGCAAGGAGUAAUGACCAACAAGAACAAAUGGUGUGUUGUCCAAUUUGCAUGUUCGGAGAUUAUGCCUGUGCACAUGUAUCUGAUUUUGUUGCCAGUCCUCAAUGCCUAUCGUUCAGGAAUCCUAAAUAGCUUAUUCUUUACAUUGAAGUAUUAGAGAAGGCAAGUCAUUGCUUACCUCUAAAAGUUAUGAUGUCAAUCUUCGGGCCACUGAGUAUCCGCCUCAUCCCUGGCUUCUUCAAACCCAUGGUACGGUACACCUUC